AUGAAGAGGACUGAGGAAGACUACAGGCGACACAUGGUGCCAUUCAAAGAAUCUCCUAUAAAAACCCGCUCAUCAGAUGUCCGUCAAACGCAUCGUCGAGGUCUCAUCGAUCGCACGCCUCCUCGAGACGACAAAGAGAAGUCCAGUCCAGACCAGACCAUCGCUAUGCCAUCAGCGCACUGCAUCAUUUUAGUGUUGGCUCUCCUCGCCGAGGGCAACACAUUGGCGGUGGGGCAGAGCAAGCUGGACGAGGGCAGGAGCGAGGGUGAUGCCCUGAGCCUGUUGCUAGGAGACGAGGCGGCGGAUGACCUCAUGACCCCGAGGAGGCUCUCUAUGCAGGACAACCGUUUGGGGGACGAAGACGGGGCCACCAGGAUCAUCAUCCUCUCUGAUAGUGGCCCAGGAGGGUUCAGCUCCCGUUCCCACCAGCUGGGCCGCGCUUUGCCUCUACUGGCCUCUCGGAGGAUGGACCAGACCCCGGUCGACUGGGCAACCCAGGAGGGACACUCCGAACCGGACGACAACCUGUCCAUUCGCCGCAGAGACCUGGACGUGCUGAGAUGCAUGAUCGGAAGAGUGUACAGGCCCUGCUGGCAAGCCUGAGGAAUCCACCAGCAUUCCAUCGGAGAACCAUGAAGAACUGAUGGGGCCAAGUGUGUGUGUGUGUGUGUGUAUGCACAAGUGUGUGUGUGUGUGUGUGUGUAUGCACAAGUGUGUGUGUGUAUGUGUGUGAGAGAGAGCCCCAAAAAUACUUCUCUUAUUGUCUUGUGAACCUCCUGACAUGAUAUAGUAUGUGAUGCUUAUAUGAAGUAAAAAAACCAAGAGCACCUAUUAAAACGGAAACAAUGCAUGUGUAAAAACAAAAAUAAAACUUUAUUUAA